ACGGGCGGCCAGACGUAGCCGACCGGAAGUGUAGCACGCCGCCGCCGCCGCCGCCACAAUAUCCUUCGCCGGUCCCGCGAGCAGCACGUGCCGCGAAGUCAGCGCGUGUCUCCGUCCAGCUCGUCUCUUCCGCAAAUCACGAAAUGGUUGAAUUCAACUUGACGUUAUUACUUUGGCUACUGGUGAUGGUUACACACAACCUCGAAGGUUUGACGACAACCAACUUUUUGUCACCUGAAAUACAUAAUGUUAUACAUAUUGAUGCCGUUUUGGGAGAUAAGGCUGAACUACCAUGUCACGUUCAAACUAACAACAGUACAACAGAUUCACCGAUUUUAGUUAUUUGGUAUAGAGGACAAGAUUAUCCGAUUUAUAGCAUUGAUCAACGGGAGCACACGACGAGCAAACAUUGGUCGGAUCAUUCUAUGGAAGAUAGAAUCUAUUACACGGAAAACAAAGGAUUCGCUGUUUUAAUAAUUGAGGACGUCCGUACAUCUGAUGGGGGUCAGUACAGGUGCCGAGAAGAUUUUAAGUAUUCACCGACGCGCAACAAUUUUAUUUUACUCGAUGUUAUAGUACCACCGAGCAGACUGGAAAUCUUAGACAACGAGAAAAACGUCGUUUGGAAUUCCACAUUGCCACCCGUCAUGGAAAACGAGCCGUUGGAAAUCACGUGUAAAGCGUACGACGGAAAUCCUUUACCACGCUUAACGUGGAAUAUCCGAGGAGAAAACAAUAUAGACAGUACAUACGGCAUUGAGAUAGACGACAGUACAGUGGCCAAUGUGUUACGAAUUGAUCACGUUCAUCGAGAAAACCUCGGUAGAAAACUCAUUUGCGAAGCGUCCAACAUGCCAAACACCAUUCAAAUAUCGACGUCAGUUACUAUGAAUGUUUACCUGAAACCAUUAAGCGUUUCCAUCACAGGAGCCGAACACCCUUUUCUCUCAGGAGAGCCAAGUAAUCUCGAUUGCAUUUCAUAUGGUUCAAGGCCAGCAGCUAACAUAACAUGGUACCACAAUGGACGGGUCAUCGAGUACGAAACAAAAAGGGUAAAGGUGGUUGGAAAUAAUAAUAUGACAUGGAGCACUUUGAAAUUAGUACCCUCUGAUGACGAUAAUCAAAGUGUUAUAAGCUGUGUUGCAAGCAACAUAUAUUUUCCAGCUGACUCAAAAGAACAACAAAUAAUACUUAACGUUCACUAUCCUCCGAGGCUAAAAAUAUGUUUGGGCAGGAACCUAAAUGUUUCCAACAUUAAAGAAGGAUCAGAUGUGUACUUCGAAUGCACCAUCAAUGCUUCUCCGUCCAUUACCAGACUUGAUUGGGAUCACAAUGGAUCAAAUGUCGGACAACAUGAAAGCCGGAGGACAAUUGUGAGCAAUCAAACCUUAGUUUUGCAAUCAAUUACACGUAAAGGUUCUGGAAGUUACCGGUGCAUAGCCUCAAAUGCCAGAGGAAAAUCGAUAAGCGAUGCCUAUAACCUUGACGUUAAAUACGAACCAUCUUGUAAAACCGAUCAACAACGCGUAUACGGAGCGCACAAAGGAGAAACUGCAUGGGUCAAGUGUGACGUCAACAGCAAUCCUAUACCUACUUCGUUCCGUUGGGCUUUCAACAACUCCGUAUCCGGUUUGAUCAACGUAGCUAAUUCUGACAAAAGCAUGGCCACCAUUAAGUUCAAAGUAUUAGACUUUGGUACACUCCUGUGCUGGGCAACCAACUCUUUGGCAACCCAAUCGCAACCGUGUGUUUAUCACAUUGUACCAGCAGGUAGACCAGAUCCACCUAGAAACUGUUUGCCAGUGAACGUGACAAGUACUCGAUUUACAAUUCGGUGCGAGCCCGGAUACGGUGGUGGACUUCCGCAACAUUUUGCGUGCACAGUGGCCACAAUCGACCGACCGGAUGUAGCCGAAGCCAGUUACGUUGGCCAAACCGGUCAUGUUGCUGUCAAAAUUACUGGGUUGCGACCGUCCACCCGAUACGUGGCCACAGUUUACGCAAGCAACGCAAAAGGCUCAAGUAUCGGCCAAGUACGAGUUUACGUCGAAACAGCUCCUAAUCCCAAGGACCCGCGAGUAGCUGGAGACUCGACCAGCACUGCUACACGGUUUUCGGAAGCCGCACACAUAGGUAUGCUGCUGCUUGGAUGCUGUUUUGUGGGAGUAUGUGCAAUGGCGGUGGUGUACGCCAAACGGUUGGCGGCCAACGUCCGCGGACGAUCAGUAUUCCGGGAACGGCAAACUGUCAGGAUUCAAAACGGUGAAGAAAUUCGAUUUACAGGGUCCAAGGGUGUCGACGAACGUCCAGUUGUCACAAAUGAUGAAAGGGAAAUGCAAACUGGAUCGAAAAUCAAAAUCAAAAUUCAUGAAAAUCUGAAAAAUGGCCAAUACAAAGAAAUUACAUCAGAAUCGCCGUAUUCUGUACUAACUAUACAAAAUAUUAAUACUUCACGAUCGUCGCAGUCUGAAGGUCGUUUGAAUGAUAAAAAUAAUGUCCGGCUAUUCACACCACGAACGCAGAACAGCAAUCAACAAAAGAUAUGCGAAUCGUUCGUACUUUAUCCAAACCACAAGUCCAUUCCAAUGCAGGAUAUGGUUUACACCAGCAGGGCCAAGCCAUGCGCUGAAGUAGAAAGCAUUGUAUAGAUUAACAUAUUUCAUUUUAGCUCACUUGUCAGUGCCUAAACGGACAUUGUCAUCAUGGUAGUGGCCAGUGCAAAUGGUAGCGCAUACACACCGACUGUUGUGGCGCAGGUCCGUUACAUGUUACAAUGGUUCGGUGAGUGGAGUGAAAUGGAACGCG